AAUACUUAUUAAGUUAUCACGAGACUUACUUGACAAACCUCAAAAACAUGAUCGAUCCACAUCACCUAAAAGAGGAAUUAAAAAGUUAAUGAUAGAUAAAAUUUGUGGUCUUGUUAAAGAACUAUCAGUUUUUUGA